AUGUACUUCUAUUCUACUGAAUUCGGAGCCCGACCAUCGACGAAAACGAUUCCGCUCCAUCGCCGCCGGGCCGCUUCCGUCAACCCAAAGCCGCCGCCGAUGUUCCAAGUGCUGUUACGCAGACCAUGCGACUAUACCAAUCGGCAGUCCGAGAACGAGCUCAAGACGCGGAUCCAAGAGCUCGAGUCUCUCGUUGCCAACCACGUCGGCACCCUCUCCCCGCAGCCCCAGUCCACCUCGGCGUCCUCCACGCAGGGCACCGGCAGCCUGUCCUGCGGAAUCUACCCGGCGGCCCUCCGCUUCCAGAAGCUCUUCCUGGAUACGGACAUCCAGACCCGCCCCGAUGCUCCGCCACCGCCGUCAAGUGACAUGAUCCCGGGCCCGGUUCUGCUUCACCUUGGCGACCAGGCGCAGAGCGCCAUCAUCAUGGCACAGUACUUCCAGACCGUCCACAAGUGGAUGCCCAUCAUCAGCCGGGUCCGGUUAUCCGCUCUUGCCGAUGCAGAGCUGGGCGGCCGUAUGAGGGCGGAUUUCGCCUUGCUGCUCGUCGCCAUGAAGCUUACCCAGCAUGUUCCAGGGAACUCAUCCAACGCGGUGCGAGACGGGCUAUACGUCUCCGCCAAGGAGUUUGCGGCGUCUCUGGAGAUUGCCGGCGUUUAUACGCUGCUCAAGCUGCAGGCGAAUCUGCUCAUCGCGGUGUAUGAGAUGGGACAUGGCAUAUUCCCUGCUGCAUAUAUUUCGGCGGGAUGCUGCGUGACACAGGCCAUGGCGCUUGGGAUUCAUCAUCGCGAAGCCCCUCAGAUUCUGGAGCAGCCGCGGACUUGGAUAGACUGGGAGGAGAGACAGCGUGUCUGGUGGUUCGUGGUGAUUCUUGAGAGAUAUAUCAAUUCCGUGGGCGACAGCAGACCCCUUCUAUCUGCCGACCCCAAAACAACUUCUCAUCUCCCUGUCGACGAUGACGCCUGGGACUCUGGACAAGCCAUGUAUCCUGAGCGUCUCAUCCUGUCCUCAUCCAAACACCUAUCCGCAAGCCCAUUCGCCCGCCUAGCGCAAGCCUCCCAUCUCCAAGGCGAAGUCAUCAAGCACUGCAACGACGACACGCAGAGCCUGACACACGUCCAAAACGACGUCGAGGUCCUCAGCCAGGUCAUAUGGUCAUUCUUGGACGUCAUCAGCAAAGACAGAUCAAGCAUGAUGCAUUUCUACAGCGCCGUCGGUGUCUGUCUAAGCGCCCUGAUGAAGCUAUGCGACUACCACUCUUGCGACUCAUUCGCCGUAUACAACGACAGAGCCCUCGACGUAGCCGAAAUGGCCAUCGCUCGCGAAAUCGCCCUCCGCUGCCAAGCCAUCAUGAAGGACUGCAUCGCCAAGGCAAUGACCUUUGUGGAAGUCCUCGGCGAAAUGGUGCAGGACCACGAGUCCAUUGAGAACCUCGCCAGCCUGUCGCCCUGGUUCUUGGAUAGCAUAUACCAGUGCCUGGCGAAUUUGGUCUAUCUCACGGCCACGUCGGCCUCUGUUGUUGCGUCGGAGUAUACUUCCCAGGUGUCGCUGUGUCUGGAGCUUUUGCGGAAGGCGAAUCGGAGAUGGAGUGUUGCGGGAGCAUAUCUCGAGGCUAUCGAGUUGGUAGAACAGGAGCUCAAACUCAGUCCAUCAUUGGUCAACCAACCCUAUACCUCUUCAUCAUCAUCUUAA